AUGUCAAGCGCCAGUUUUCGCCUGGAAUCUUUCCGGCCGUGGAAUCCUUUCCGGGACAAAGCGCAGCCUGUACGAGAUUCUCCCGAUAUUUAUCGCUACCCAAGUCCUGUCUCUAUCACUACCACGCCUUCUCACUCCGAUUCUAGUGACUCAGCCUCAAAGAGCCAAAAGAAUCAUUCCCACAAACCCGAGAGGCAUCCACUUCCCGCCCGGCCGCCAGUGGAGGUUUGCUUGGAUGGCGGUCCCCAUUCGGACCCUCAAACUUCUCGACGCGAACCGGCGGAGUUGGGGCGAACGGCCUCCGCCGACAUUUACCGAGGCAAUUUCGACUCUGACGAGAUUUUGCAGUCGGAAGGCUUGUCAGCCGCCGAAGACGUCGAUUCUGCAAUGAUAUCCGCGGAUAUUCGUCUGGGCGCUGAGCAUCAAUCCCUCGGCGUCGAAUCCGGUGACUUAGAGCCUGCUGCUAUUCCUGGUCAGCAUCCUCAAGCUCGCGAUUCCGGAAAUCAGACUCAAACUGGAAGCGUUCCAGGCAAUGAAGCCAUCGUUCCCGCAAUCCUGAACGAUCAUGACUUUCCGGACGCUGAGCAGAUCCAAGCAACGGAGGAUAUCACCGGCAUCACAACACGUCCGAACCAACGUUCCUCGAACUGCACUCGCUCCUUGAGUAAGGACUCCACCUUGCAACGCAGGCGCCGAAAUGCAAAGGGGACAGUGGAUCUUGAUCGCCAGUCCUCCAAAAUAAGGAAACCUGCAGGUGCUGGGAACACAAAUACAACACGUGGUUCCGGUCGGUCCAAUAAAGGGCCCCGUCGUCGCAAAAGCGUCUUGUUUCCUGACGUUCGUGCUCAAUUCUUGGCCCUUCCAGUUGAAGACCGGCUCCAGUUCCUGUCCUGGCUGUUUGAGGGCGCUCUACCACACUGCACUUCUACGCGUGCCAACACAGAUGUCGCCUCUAUGUCAAGAUGCAUCUCUAGCCAAGAUGCGGACAUCUCAAACGACUGUGACCAGAGCCUCAACACCGACCUAGUUGACGAGCAGCACCCUCAUACGAGAAAAGGCUUACCAUUUUCCAUGGAAGAAAGUCGUCUAUUAGUGGAUCUCAGGGAAGAACAGAGACUUUCUUGGUCAGAGGCGACGAGACGGUUUGGACAAAAAUUCCCCGGGAGGAGUAAAGGGUCCAUACAAGUGUACUGGAGCACGACUCUCAAGAAACAGCGGCAAUCUCUACUGGAAGCCACAUAG